CACAAAACUCGAGUGGAAAGCUCUCAUCGAUUCUGCGAAGGAGGCACCUUGGUGACACUUCUUUGCCUAUCGAACAGCCCGAGAUGUUGGACGAUGAGUUUCUCAAAAAUUUACAUCAUGUUUUGCUUGAAAUCCACGUAGAAGAGGGUGUGAUGGUCUGUCCCAAUUGCAAUCACAACUAUCCCAUAUCAAAUGGCAUACCGAACAUGCUCCUUGCUGAGCAUGAAAUAGGUUAAUGCAGUUCGACCGUUGUGCGCCAAGUCCAACCACAAUUGGCGGUUUGGUUUG